AUCUGAAACGCACCAAAUGUCGUGAUUACAUUAUGGAUCACGAGUUAAAUGAAGAGCAAUUGCAGGAUUUGUACGCAUGGAUAGACCAAAUACCUCUGUCAAGACCCAAAAAGCACAUUACACGCGACUUCAGCGAUGGAGUGAUGGCUGCAGAGGUUGUAAAGCAUUUCUUCCCGAAGAUUGUUGAGCUGCACAACUACAGCCCUGCAAACUCCACCCAGCAGAAGAUGAGUAACUGGAGCAUUCUCAACAGGAAGGUGUUUUCCAAGCUCGACUUUGAUGUCGGCGAGGAGAGGAUCAAGAAGAUAGCGCUAAGAACUGCAGGAGUGAUAGAGCCAGUUCUGUUCUCCCUCAGAGAGAAGAUAGACCUCAAACUGGAGCAAGUCACGGAAAACACCUUGGAACUUGAGUACCACAACGUCAACAACAUCAAGAACCAAGAGACACUUCCACCAGAAACACAUGUACUGGAGGCCCUCAUUCAGGCUCAGAUGAAAGCCGUGGAGGGCAGCAAAAGAAUCCAAAGGUUCCCGGUGAAUGGCAGUAAACCCAAGGCCUUGGAGCGCGACGUCACAGAGAUGGACCCUGCACUCCGGUUAAUGCUGCAGGAGAAGGAGAGGGCUGUGAGGACGCUGCAGGAGACUGUGGAGAUCCUGCAGAUGAAGGUGAACAGGCUGGAGCACCUUGUGCACCUGAAGGACGUGCGCAUCGGGGACCUGACCCGGCAUCUGGACUCGUACAAGGCCCAGGCCGGACCCGGCCGACCCUGAGGAACCUCCGCCUCCACUCACACCUCACCAGCGACGGCAGCAAGAGGAAGAGGACACCCAUAGCAUGGCUAUUAUGGCUAAGAGAAGUCGAUCCACGUAAAUGUAUAAAACAAACCACGUGUGGCUCCUGCAUGGCGAUCAGUCGUGCAUAUGUCAUCUAAAUGAAGAGUUAUCAACGAUUAUGCCGCAUUAUUGUCAUGCUUCCUAACUGAAGCAGGCCUACUUGUUGCUAUAAGUGGCUGUUUUGGACGUUCAGCCACGUACAGGAGUGUUGCGUACGAUUAGUACAGUUUUCAACAUGUUGGUGAAUAACAAGUUAAGCUAAAAAUGCAAAAGAAAGAGUGAAACAGAACCUUUUCAUGAUGUACCUAAUUUCUGGAUUUAUUUAAAUUAAACGGGUGUAAAAGUGAAAAAGAAACAAGGGGGUAACAGGUACCAGACUGAAACUUAUUUGCGUUCUUAAACCUGAAUGUAAUACCGUACAUUUACCAUAUUCUUAGCAAAGGCAUACCAGUAAAGGGUACUGUGAAAUCAUUUUGUAAUAAGUGGCUUUUUAAGCAUUGAGAAAUGUUCUUAAAUGAAUAAAUGUGUUACCAUACUUGGACAUAAAAUGUCAGAUUCCCUGAUAUGACGUCUUUGGACCUAAUGCGGAAGAUGACGCUUAUUUGGAAUUAUACAAAAAGGAAGUGUUACACAAAGUACCGCUUCUAUCCUCUUAAACCUCUUACCUCUUUAAAAGUUACACGUAAAUUGAUUUGACACUGGAGUAUUAAUUAUCAGAAGAAAAAACUAUGUUGGAUGGGGUGGAUUGAACAAACUAUUAUUCACAACGGGUGAAUGCGGGAAUUGUGGCUUGUGAGAUGAGGGGCAGCCAUGUCAAGUUCAGACAAGCACGCUAACCAAUAAGAAGACACGUCAGGCCCUGAGUAAUGGUCGAUGGGAGGAGGCCUGUAUGUAUGAUUUACAAGGUCACAUUAAAACAAAAAGUGUCCACACGCACA